GAAAACGCAUGAAGUUGGCCAAUGAUCAACUGAAUUGACGUACUGACAGCUGCUUCGCGAUGAUCGGAGUUUUCAGGUGCGGCUGAUGAACCUAAUCCAUCAUCAUAAUUUGCACUGAUGUGAGGCGUGGAGGCCUGAAUGGCCUUAUAAUCUUACUCGUCUCUGCAAAAGUAUCCGGUAUGUCUCCGCGCCUCUUCCAAGCGUCUUAAAUAUUGACCUAUAUCCAAAUUCUCAGCCUACAAGCGCAUAUUAACAUUUACUAGCAGCCUUAUAUUGAAAAUCAAGAUGGCAACGCAGGAAGUAUUUAAGGCACGCGAGUAUCUCUUGGAGUCAGACGCAGAAGGCCAACGUCUCCAGGAUCAGCAGGAUAUGUUCAGAGCUGCGAACGGUGAUAAAAUCUUACUAGCUCCUAUCGACCUGACGAAACCCAAUCUUCACAUCCACGAUAUUGGCACAUACGAUGCCACAUUUCUCCUCGAUCUAUACAGCCUUUUCAUCCCCGAGGGUACUCGCAAAACCGACUGGAUGCUCGCCGUCGAUCUUCUAGGUGCUCAUUUCCCUUCGAAACCCGUGAAGGAAAUGCAAUCCCAGAAAUAAAACAUCCUUGGGCCCUGGCCACCAGAUCUCCUAGACACAUUCGACUUGAUUCACCAACGCCUCAUGCUGGCGGGUGCUGAUCCGAACACCCAAGCGAAUGUUCAGCAGACCCUCAGACUCGCAAAACCAGGCAGUUGGACCGAACUCGUGGAA